AGCGCAAGUGCGCAACGUCUGUAGCUUUUCUCAUAUUACACAUUUACCCUUCAUUCCAUCUGGCGGUUACUGCAGGAGGUGGAGAAAGAUGUCCCAACCUAGCGGCGGCAGUGGCGGAGGCGGCGGGGGUGGCGCACCUCGAAACGGCCACCACUACGUAGAUGACGGUCCUAGCCCCCCCCAGCGGUUGCGGAGGACUCGCAGCAGGUCGCGCGACUACGGCGGCGACAACACUAGGGUUCCGCCACAUCAGGAGAUGGAAAAAGAGAGGGCGGCGAGCGGUCCUACCGACUUUGACGUGGCAUAUUUUAAUUCCUACGCGCACCUCGGCGUUCACGAGGAAAUGAUCAAGGAUCAUGUGCGCACGGAAACUUACAGAAAAGCAAUUUUCCACCAUCAAGAUCUGAUUGCAGGAAAAGUUGUAGUUGAUGUAGGGUGUGGCACUGGCAUUCUCUCUAUAUUUUGUGCUCAAGCUGGAGCCAGGCGGGUGUAUGCUGUGGAUGCCAGCAAUAUUGCAGUUCAGGCAAAGGAAGUCAUCAAGGCAAACAACUUGUCUGACACAAUAGUUGUAGUUCAUGGGCGAGUAGAGGAUGCUCAGAUUGAUGAAAAAGUAGAUGUUAUAGUUUCUGAAUGGAUGGGAUAUAUGCUUCUUUAUGAGAGCAUGCUGGGAAGCGUUAUUACUGCUAGAGACCGAUGGUUGAAGCCUGGAGGUCUCAUCCUUCCAUCACAUGCAACAUUAUACAUGGCCCCUGUAUCUCAUCCCGAUCGAUACAAUGAUAGUAUUGAGUUCUGGCGUAGUGUCUAUGGAAUUGAUAUGUCUGCUAUGAUGCAAUUGGCAAAGCAGUGUGCAUUUGAAGAGCCCUCUGUUGAGAUAAUCAACGGUGAAAAUGUAUUGACAUGGCCUUGUGUGGUAAAGCACAUUGACUGUUCUACAGUUACAUUGCCCGAGCUGGAGUCCGUUUCAGCAAAUUUUAAGUUUAAAUCCAUGAUGAGAGCACCAUUUCAUGGGUUUGCAUUCUGGUUCGAUGUGGAGUUUGCUACACCUGCAACUUCACCUUCCGAUGACAAGGACCCCCUGGAGUCGGCUGAGACUCCUGAUGAUCACGUGGCUGACACAAAACAAAGCAAGAAGCGUCCCAAUCCCAGUGACGCCCUCGUGCUCUCUACUGCACCCGAGGAACCCCCAACACAUUGGCAACAGACGGUGGUCUAUUUUUACGAACCAAUGGAUGUGCAGCAAGAUCAGCUCAUCGAAGGCACAGUGACACUAUCCCAAAGCAAAGAAAAUGCCAGAUUCAUGAACAUUCGCGUGCAUUACGAAUCUGGCGGUAAUGCUUAUUGCAAGGAAGCUAUUAUGCGAUGAAUCAAGCAGUCGUCUUUCGUAGCUUGUGUCCGGCGCCAAACUUGAAGAUUACUUUGGUUCGACAAGCAGACGAAACAUCCUGUGGUGAUUUUUUGGGAGGCAGUUUCUGAAACAACAAAAGCUAAACUGCGCUCCAAACUGGAAUUUGAUUAAUCAUCCAUCAUUCAAAAUGAAAAGAAAAAAAAAAAAAAGGGUACAUUCGAAAGGCACUAUAUAAUUUGAAUUGAGAGUUGAAGAUGUGAUUAGAUUGGGAUAUGGAUAUGGAUAUGGAUAUGAAUCUGAUCUCGUAUAGGCAGCAGCAGUUAGUGAGGUAGCUUAGAGAUAUAAUUCUUGAUCCUGUUUAAAAACCAUGUCUUGCUAAUCUUGCCCUACACUAAACUAUUACUUCAUUUGUUACUCUUCUUUUGGUUCCGAGAAGCAUUUGAUCA